AUGCCGCGAAACCGACCACCGUACUUGCUCAUGCCCGAAGUUCCAACUUUGGUGAAAAGAGAUCCAGUGCCAAGUACAGAGUCUGGCACAGUGGAAACUUGCUCACCUGGAGACAACUCAGCCCGAUGCGAGAAGAACACCAGUACGGCGAAUAAUACAACUUUACCUGUUGUGCUAGGAGCAGUCAUCCCCAUUGUCUGUGCCAUUAUAGUCUUGAUCUUCCUACAUCGUCGGAAUGUGAAGAAGCUUCGAAACGAAGAUGCCAAUGAUAAGCACAAGUCCCUUGACUUCGGAAUGGAUUUGGCGCCGAGCGGCGGUAGAACCGGAAUGCAAGAAAAGGGACCAAACCACAUGAAGGGAAUUUCUCUUGACAUAGGACCCAGUCCGUAUAUGCUGCCACCUAGCAUACGCGGUUCGAGAGAUUCAUUGAAUUCCUUACCCCGGACGAUCUUGGCGGAUGACGAUAAGUACCGGCACGCACACCCAUACUUUCCAGCUGAUGGCCAGUCCAUUCGAUCGCAGCGAAGAGGCUAUGACGAUGCAGCAAGCGUUGCAGGCUCAACACGGAGAGCAGCUUACGGAGAUGAUAUGAAUCAAGGAUUAUUGGGAAAUGCUCAGACCAUUUCACGCUCGUCUCCACCUCUCUAUAAUCCCGAGUCUAAUGCACGUAGCCCAACUCAAGUGCAUGACCCAAGCUUUGAAUUGAAUUUGCCCAGGAGUCCCAGCCCUGUUCAUGUCCCCGGCCUGAAAUCAAUCAACGAAUCGACAGUGGACGACGGUAACAGAGAAGUCAACCCUCCUGUGGUUACGCCGUUAUCAUCAAAUUCCCCUCCAGAGCAUCAGUUCGACUUUCCACUACACGAUACGCAGGAUGCCCAUGUUGAACCGCCCCCUUCCCGUGUCGAAUCGCCUCCUAGUCAUCCCGAAACCGUCCCGACGCCCAGGAUUUCUCUUCCAUCGACAGAUGGCGGUAGCGAUUACGGGGAUGAAAGGGCAUCCAAUCCAGUUGUUCCGGCCGUGAACGUCCAGAAGACAGAACUUGGCCCCGCUCGUCAUGAAAGUCAUGAUAAAGCGCCCGUGCCCGAGAUGCCAGAGGAGCCGCCGCAAGCUUCCAACCUGAGACUUGACCCUCGCCGAGAUACUCGCCGGAUGACUAUGGGCCUACGCCCCUUGCCGCCAGAGGACCCGGCUGACAAUCCCGAGCAACGAGCUAAUCGUAUUCGAUCAUUCUACAAAGAGUAUUUCGACGAAAGCAAAGCGGGACAAAGAGAGACUUAUUACGGAGAUUAUGCUGAUCACUACGCGGAGGACGACUAUUACUAUCCAGAAGACUAUGACGCGGUACCGGCCCCCUAUGCUGAACCAGUGACUCGUCGCGCCAUGACUCCUCCCCCACGCGCACCUCCCCGAUUCCAAGGUGCAGCCCGCCAUAUGGCGUCGGGCUCCAUUGGUGGAUAUAGCGAAAGAUUCCAGCCACCCGGCCCGCGUGCAUUCUCUUCGGCCUCGAACCGAUUCCCCGGUCCUCGAGCGCCGCGUCGGCCAGCUCCCCCGCCAGCUCCCCUCAACAUUCUCCCUUCCCCUCAUCUCUUGAAGGAUGAUUCGAUCAUGACAGCUAUAGAUUUCGCCCCUGGCUCCAAUUUUAGAGACCAGAGGGAUGGCCGCCCGGAAACACCUCUCGGUGGAGUACGGCCCUACAGCCCAAUGGUUCGAGCUCACACUCCUCUCGUCUCUGUAUUCGAUGAUUUAGCGCCCAUGCCCAGCCCGCACGCAUUACGGAAAUCAGGCGCCUUUGAUAACUUGGAUUUUGCCCCUCCUCCUCGUUUCAAGACCCAAGACUCUGCAAGCGAUGCUGGUAGCAUCCGCAGUACGCGUACCGGAGUUUCAGCAGCCCAUUUGCAGAAUAUUCGCAACGGUGCGUACCGUGUCAGCCGACUGCCCCCGGAAACUGUUGGUACCAAGGAUGACUUGAUGUCGAACCUUCGUCCUACAUGGGAUGUGCGGUAG